UUCCAUCCACAUAAACUCUCAAUAGAGAGAGAGAGAGAGAGAGAGAGAGAGAGAGAGAGAGAGAGAGAGAGAGAGAGAGAGAGAGAAAUGGGAAUAGUAUCAAACAGCAUCAAAAGAAGCCAGCUCCAGCCAGGAGAUCACAUUUACUGCUACAGAAAAGCACACACAUACUCCCACCACGGAAUUUACAUUGGAGAAGACAGAGUAAUCCAAUUCACAAGAACAAGAGUUAAAGAAAGCAAAACAUCAAAAUUCAUACUAAAAAUUAUUUCAAGAAAAUCCUGUGAAAAGUGUAAGUACAACCCAUGUAGGGACAAAGGAGUUGUGAAGACCUGUGUUGACUGCUUUCUAAAGAAACAUAGGCUCUUUCGAUGUGAAUACAAUGUCUCCAUGAACCAGUUUCUCGUCAAAAAGUCAGGUUCAUGCAGCAUCAGAUCUUCCAACACUCCUGAGAAGGUGAUUCAACGCGCCACCGCAAUGUAUGAUAAAGAAGGAAAAAAGUUUGGAGAAUAUCACCCUAUCGAGAACAACUGUGAGUCCUUUGUUUUCUACUGCACAACUAACUAUCGUAAGAGCAUUCAAGGAAAUUCUUUCAAAGCUCUAGUUGAGACUGUUUAUCAAACGGCCACCAGUGGUGAACAUGAUUCUAUUAGAGCCAUUGGUGAGUCUUUUAUAAGAAAUUUCUUUACGAAUAAAGCCAAAAGAAUCAAUGAUGAAGGGAAGACCGGUGAGACAAGUGAGGAGGAAGAUGAAGUGGAAGAUGAGGAUUGAAUGAACGAUCUGCACCAACAUUGGGCCUUGUCCAAACCUUAGGAUUAUUGCUAUAUAUAUACAUCAAGAAUAAAUAAGUUUUUUGAGGGUGUGAUUUGAAUAAUAUCUUAAAUAUUGUGUAUCUUAAAUAGAGUAUUUCGUGAACUAAAAUGUUACCAUGUUAUUAUUUUUUUUAAUAAAAAACUAUAAUGUUUUGU